AUGUCAGCGGUGACCAAUCAGCUUGCUCCUUUUGGUCGACUUGGACGUGAGAAGCACAUCCAGAUGAUCUUCAAAGCAUUUAAGAACAGAUGCGGGUCUUCCUGCGUGGGUCGGACUGGAGAGCUUCCCGACUGGGGGUCUGAAGAACAGCUGUCAGAUCGGACGCUGCAGGAGGGGAUGGAGGAUUUAUGUGUUCAGACACCGGGAGAAGUAAAAACCCUGGAGGUGGAGGAGCAGAAACGUGAGGAUACAGGAAGCUUGGACUUUAUGUCUGUGCUGGAAACAGCCAGUCAGAUUCAUAUCACAGCCAGACCAGAGCUGCAAGGGCCACAGUGUGUCUCCAGAAGAGCCUGCAGCAUCACGACAGGUGGCAGAAGAUCACAGCAGUUUGUGGUUGUGGAUGAGAGCUCCUGUGUGUGCCUCCAGUGUUGCGGUCCAUCUCGAUCCUGCUCCCUGAAGGAAUAUGACUCUCAGGGACAGCAGGUUUUUUAGUUCAAAAGACCCUUUGGGGUCGACGCCUGCUGCCUCGGGUGCUGCCUGAUGGAGAUGAGAGCACAUUCACCUCAAAACCGUCUCAUCGGCGCAGCAUGUCAAAGGUGGAGCAUGUUCAUUCCUCUCCUGGAGGUUUGUAAUUCAGAAGGAGCCUCCAAAGUCAGAAUCUAGGGCUCCUGCUGCCGCUGCUCCUCCAACCACCAGGUCCAGGUGGACUCCAACAUUGGGGAGCGAGUGGGAACAAUAAGCAAGAAGUGGCCCGGGUUCAACGAUGAACAGAAUAUGAAUUGUGAUUUUGGGGUGGACGGUGAGUAA